UUUACAUGUGACGUUUUUAUGUGUGGUGAUUGCACUGGAAAAUGGCGUUUGUGUUGUAUUGAAGAGCUGUAAACAUACGUGUUACUUUGUGCUUUUACUGACGUAUUUGUUGUGAGUUUGAAUAGUAUUAGGUUUUAAAACUAGUGAUAAUUAUAACGUGGACUAAUGAGUUUAUUGACCGAUGUCUGCCGUGGCUCCCACUAUCCCCGGGGCUGACCCAGCAAAGGAUAUACAAAAACGCCGUGCUGGCAGUGUUGGAUCAGAUGAAGACGACGCAAGUGGUGGGAAAUAUACAAGGAUGGAGGAGGACAACAUUCAGGACAAGGAGAGAUUCGCAAGCCGCGAGAAUCAUUGUGAAAUUGAACGUCGCAGACGAAACAAGAUGACAGCAUACAUUACGGAACUAUCGGAUAUGGUUCCAACAUGCUCCGCCCUCGCGCGCAAGCCGGACAAACUUACCAUACUGCGCAUGGCCGUAGCUCAUAUGAAAGCCUUAAGAGGCACUGGCAAUACUUCUACAGAUGGUACUUACAAGCCAUCGUUUUUAACUGAUCAAGAACUGAAGCACUUGAUCCUUGAAGCAGCUGAUGGAUUUUUGUUCGUUGUUAGUUGCGACACCGGACGUAUUAUUUACGUCAGUGAUAGUAUAGCUCCAGUAUUAAACUACUCUCAGGGCGAGUGGUAUUCAUCUUGUUUGUAUGAUCAAGUACACCCCGACGAUGUCGAAAAAGUAAGGGAACAGUUAAGCACUCAAGAACCACAGAACACAGGUCGUAUAUUGGAUCUUAAGACUGGGACAGUGAAGAAAGAAGGUCAUCAAUCCUCCAUGCGUCAAGUAAUGGGGUCACGUCGGGGUUUCAUAUGUCGUAUGCGGGUUGGUGGAUCUGCCGAAGGUGCUCACCUAGGAAGAUUGCGUGCGCGCAACUCUUUAGGUCCUUCGCACGACGGUCAUAAUUAUGCCGUUGUUCAUUGCACUGGAUAUAUAAAAAAUUGGCCACCUACAGAUCUGUUUCCAGGUAUGCAGAUGGAUCGCCCUAUUCAGGAAGAACUUGACACAUCUCAUUGUUGCUUAGUUGCUAUUGGAAGACUGCAGGUGACAUCUACACCAAAUGCUUCAGAGAACAGUUUAUGUAGUGGUGGAGUAGAGUUUGUGUCGCGGCAUUCAGUGGACGGCCGCUUCACGUUCGCUGAUCAGCGUGCAACGCAGGUGGUUGGAUACGCGCCUGCUGAUCUACUAGGGAAACUUUGCUACGAAUUCUAUCAUCCUGAGGACCAACAACACAUGAGAGAUAACUUUGACCAAGUGUUGAAACUGAAAGGGCAAAUUAUAUCGCUCAUGUACCGGUUUCGCACGAAAAAUAGAGAGUGGGUAUGGUUAAGAACUUCUGCCUUUGCCUUUUUGAAUCCAUACAAUGACGACGUUGAAUACAUUGUUUGCACAAACAUGUUAGCUAACCGGUCAUUAGGGAGUACUACUGGUGAAUCUGCUCCGGAAGAAAACUACGACUAUCAUUUAAGACAUCGUGAUGUGUAUCAAGCUCAGGCACCAAAUCUUCAUCAGCAGCACCAUGCUCCACCACCAGUGAGUGGCGGCGGUGGAGUGACGGCGCGGUCGCCGGGCGAGGCGGGCGUGGCGCCGGCCGCCCCCGCGCCGCCCUACGCGCCGCACUACGCGCCCGAGUACUCGCCGCACCGCCCCACCAACACUCCGCCACACACCACCUGGACCACCUUGCGCACCAGCGGUGGCGCAGGCGGUGAAAGCUACGCUUACAGCGGCGAGGCUGGAGGGGGCGCGGGCGCGGCGGACGCGUCCCCCGCGCGGUCCCCGCCCGCGCCCGCCUACCUGCCCCCCGCCGCGCACUACCACCACAACCAUCAUCCACAUCCCUCGCACGGCAUGUGGACGUGGCAGACGGGCGCGGCGACGGCGGCCGGGGCCGGCGCGGCCGACGGGGCGCAUGCGCCGCACGAGCUCACCGACAUGCUGCAAAUAUUGGACCAGAGUGGGACUGCUACCUUUGAAGAUCUAAACAUAAAUAUGUUCAAUUCCAACUUUGAGUAACGUUAGAUGUAAAAAUAUCGACCUAGUUUAACUUGUGAAUUUAAGAACUGAGAAUAUUUCGCUUCCAGCAACGAUGUUCGUAAAAAGUAACGACGGUAUACGUUACUAUUCAUUUUCACUUUUAACACAAAAAAAUGGGUUUUAUUAAAUUCUUUCGCCUAAAAAUGUAUUUCUAUUACGUAUUUAUAGAUUCAGUAUAAUUUGCUUAAAGUCUGUUGAUAGACAAUUUGAGAUUGUCCAAUAGAAUUCACACAUAAUGUCAUACAAAACCUUUCCGCUUUUGAAGGACCUAUUAAAUAUAAAAAACUAAGACCUUUUUAACAGAUUUUUUUAAUAUAACAUAAAUAUCGGAAUAUUAAGUUCUGUAUGAUGAUGAUUCUGCAUAGUCGUUGGAUUAAUUAUUACAUUAGCAAGAAAACAUUUAUGUGCUUUUUUCUGUGUAAAUAGUAUUAUCUGGCAGCUACCAAAGUUAUUUGAACAUAAUGUAGAAUACUAAAUCGACUAUACAGAAUUAACUCAACAUAUCUUUAUUCUUACGAUUUUCUUUGAAAUCAUGUGUUUUUACCAUAUAUUAAAAUGUAUACACAUGAUUAUUCGUUCGAAUGGUGCAACUAGCAAGAUUAAGCUUAAUUAAAGUAGUUGUAUUAUUUUUAUAUGUGUUAAAUUACAAUUAAGACUCAUUUAGAAAAUAGGAAUACAAGUAAGUAUUAUUUUAUAGUUAUAAAAAUAUUUCGGCUAUAGGCACUAUUAAUCACCAUUCCACUACACUACUUACAUAAAACGCAACUUGAUACUGGUUGUGGAACUGUAGGAAGGGACAAAAUGAAUUAUUAGCAAUUGUGACGUAAUACUCAACAUAAAUCCAGUAAUUAAUCUAUACAGUUUCUGCUACGAAACCAAAGACAUGCUUGCGUCGUGAAGCCUUACGUCGAAUGGUUUUGCUAGUUCUAUCAUUUUUAAGACGCGUUCAUUGUUUCAUUUUAUUUGUACUUAACUACACCCUUAACCUAAUGACAGUUUGAAAUUUUCAUUUUAAGGAAAUGUAUGCUGUCUGGUUUGCAUGUGGUUAAUAUACUACAUACUUCUGAUCAUAUAAAAUAAAGAAUUAUGAAGCCAUCAUUGUACAAAACUUCAUAAUUGAUGUUAAUUUUAUUCUAAUUUCAACAUGAGUAACUUCGAUAUUUAUUUAAUACGGCAAUCUAAAAAUAAUAAAAAAAAUGUUAAUUACAACUGAAUCAGAGAACAUUACACUUAUAAUAUUUUUGAUUACUGUGCAAUUAUUGCUUCAUAAUUCAUUUUCAAAAAGUAAAUAAGUUGGAUAACAUGAAUGCAAGAUUACGUUUUCUUUUAAAUAUAAAUUUCUUUUAAUAAGAAUUAUACCUAAUUUAAGAUUAUAAUGGAUUAUAUUUUUAUGUAAGUAAUGCAUUUACGGUCUUCGUCGUAAAUUUAAAAAAAGUUACUUUAAAUUGGUUGAAUAGGUAUACUUGAAUUUUGUAAAAUGAAUUUUUCAUUAAAUAUUAACGAUAUGAACAUUAA